UGAAUACAUGGUUCGGGUUUGAAUGUUAGCAAGAAUCAAUUUCAUUUAAGGACUCUGUGUGUGAAAUCUAUCGUAUAUUACAAUGUAUCACGGUAAAAUUGAAUACAGCCAAGGCCAUUUAAACAUUAAUCCGUCGAUUCAUAUUGGAUAUUGGCAAUAUUACUGGUACAGGCUCGUGUGGUAAAUUUGCUAUGUAUUGAUAACAGAUUCAUAUGGUAAAAGUUGUAUGUACUAUUAGGCUAUUUAAACAUUUUUUAGUCGAUUCAUAAUGGAUAUUGGCAAUAUUGUUAUUACUGGGUGAUGUGGAAAAUUUGCAAUGUAUCAGUAACAGAUUCAAUUGAGAUCAAUCAUCUAUUUAUUGAACUGAGAUCAAUCUUUUAAAGUCGAAAAUGGAACAAAUGACGCCCUGAUAAAACUUACUAUUUAUACGAUGGUGGGACUUUAAAGUUUAAUGUUCAGAUUUAUAAUCGAAAAUCAAGUGUGUAACAUUCUGGUAGAACUUAUUAAAUCCUAUACUGAUGUGAGGAUGUUACUUUAAAGUUUAAUGUUCAGAUUUAUAAUCGAAAAUCGAGUGUGUAACAUUCUGUUAGAGCUUAUUAAAUCCUCUACUGAUGUGAGGAUGUGACUUUAAAGUGUAAUGUCCAACCUCUCAAAUCAUUUAGAUCAGAAUGACUUCAGAGUUUAUUUUAAGACAAAUAUCAAUUGUGUUUGGAUUGUCGAUUAAACGUGUGGAAAUAUUUAAUUAAAGUUGCCAAGUUGGAGAUCAACUACAUUAUGUUACAAAUUGGACGUGCGGAAAAUCAUGUGAUUGGAAAUACUUGUGUUUUGUUUUAAUAAAGAAGAAAAAAAAAAUGUGACAAAUGAGAAGAAUUCUUUGAUUCCAAAAUGGAAACCAAAGCGACUGUUCAUCUUGUGCCAUUUAAGACACUUGUUUUGAUCAAGGAUUAUACAAAGCUACCGACUUAGUUAAUUUGUGUUAAUUGAAUAUUAUUAAUAGUUAAAAUGGGCAGCAUUGUUUCUAGUAAUGGUAAUAAAGUGCCAUACGUCCUUGGUUUAUCUUAUACAAAAGUUUGUCGAGAACAUCAGUUUAAGGAUAAAUAUCUAUUUUACCGAUUUGAAGAUGAUGAUGAAGGUAUCGGAACAAUCCCUACUACUAUGGAGAAGAAAGAGAGUGAGGACCGUCUGCCAGAUACGGUUCUUAUGUUGGCUACCAUUGGUCCAGAUGCCAUGAUGAGAAUGAUUCUUAGAAAACCUCCUCUUGAAAGAACCACGGAAGAUUUGGAAAUAGUUUAUGAAGAAUUACUUCAUAUCAAGGCUUUAUCUCAUCUCUCAACUAUGGUGAAAAGAGAAUUGGCUAGUGUUUUGAUAUUUGAAUCUCAUGCAGAAGCUGGGACUGUAUUAUUUAAUCAAGGUGACGUAGGCAAGUCAUGGUAUAUUAUAUUAAAGGGAUCUGUUAAUGUUGUUAUUUAUGGCAAGGGUAUUGUUUGUACAUUACAUGAUGGAGAUGAUUUUGGUAAAUUAGCACUUGUUAAUGAUGCUCCCAGAGCUGCAACUAUAGUUUUAAGGGAAGAUAACUGUCACUUCCUUCGUGUAGAUAAAGAUGAUUUUAAUAGAAUUUUAAGGGAUGUUGAAGCCAAUACUGUACGAUUAAAAGAACAUGGCCAAGAUGUGCUGGUGUUGGAGAAAAUACCUACUAAUAUCAAGUCUCAAGAUGGGUCAGUGCAAUCACAUUACAAGUAUUCUGUUAUGGCUGGGACACCUGAGAAAAUGUUAGAACAUCUUUUAGAAACUAGAUUAGAUAAUAAACAAGAUGAAAACUCGGAUCAGUUUUUAGAAGAUUUUUUACUAACACAAGUAAUAUUUAUGCCAAAUGAAAGACUGUGUAAAGCUCUGAUGAAUCACUAUCAUGCGGAGGUUACACAAGGUACAGAUAGAGAAAUAGCUGAUUAUAUGUUGACUCACAAGAGAAGAAUCGUCCAUUUUGUUCAAGAAUGGUACAGCGUGACAACUGAUGCAUUCCAAGAAGACCCUAAAAUACAAGGAUUUGUCGAGGAACUUCAUGUAGCAAUCAAGGAAGACUCCGAUCUCUAUCCUACCUUAAAAAAUGAUGAGAAAACUAUUAUUAGUAUUAUGCAAUCAAAGUCAAGCUCUCCAUCAGCUGCCAAAACGGCCAAGAAAAAAAUCCAUCCAUCUUUAAUACUAAGUCGAAAGACAUCCAGAGAUCACAUGGCAGACGGAAUGAAGAAAAGACGACCAAUUAAACCAACAGAUGAAAAUAUUAUCAAAGUUUACUGUGCUGACCAUACCUACACUACAUUAAAGUUUACCAUGGAUACGACGGUAACAGAAAUUGUUUACCAAGCUAAAGAUAAACUAUCCCUUGGUGAUGACCUUAUCAUAUGUGAGGUCAAAUCAAAUGGAGAUCGUAUAGUUUUUAAAGAGAAUAACUUGUGUGUUACAACCGGUCUUAGUUUAAAUGGAAGAUUAUUUAUUACUCCUAGAGAACACCUUGAUGCCUUGACACCAUUACCAGAACAAGAUGGCCCUACAAGUAUGACGGCUGUUGCUAUAGAGAUGAUGAGUACAAAGGAAUUAGCCUAUCAGAUAACUCUUUAUGAUUGGGAACUAUUUACUUCCUUACAUGAGUUUGAGUUGAUAUACUGGGUGUUUGGUCGUCAUAAAUUCAAGAAAAUAACAGCGAACCUAGAUAUCUUUCUUAGGAGAUUUAAUGAAAUACAGUAUUGGGUAGCUACAGAAAUGGUUUUAUGUUCCAAUGUUAGCAAGAGAGUCCAACUACUUAAAAAGUUUAUCAAAUUAGCUGCCAUUUGUAAAGAAACUAAGAAUUUACAUUCCUUCUUUGCCAUUGUGAUGGGUUUAAGUAAUAUAGCUGUUAGUCGACUGUCUCAAACCUGGGAGAAAUUACCAGGGAAAUUUAACAAGUUAUUUUCUGAGUUUGAAACAGUGAUGGAUCCAUCUAGAAAUCAUCGGGUUUAUCGACUCACUGUUGCCAAAAUGAAUCCACCCAUUCUUCCAUUCAUGCCUUUAUUAAUGAAAGAUAUGACUUUCACUCAUGAGGGAAAUAAAACAUAUUUUGAGAAUUUAGUCAAUUUUGAGAAAAUGCAUAUGAUAGCGCAAACUUUACGAACAGUGAAAUUUUGUCGUAGUCAGCCAUUUGAGUUAGAUUCUCCUCCCACAGUCAAAUCAUCAGCUGAUGUUCGGCAAUAUGUCAGGAAUCUACAAGUUAUAGACAAUGAUAGAAUAUUAACACAAUGGUCUCAUAAAGUAGAACCAAGACGAUCGUGAUAAAAACUUGAUCAGUGCAAUUUCUCUUUAAACCUGGUUAAAAUAGACAUACAGCAAGUGUGACAAUAACCUGGAUGUGAUGUGAUGUGAUAUACAUGUGAUAUUCAGAAGAAUUCCAUUCAUUGUGUCUACUAGAAUGUAUGCAUUGUAUGUGAUCAUCCAAUUACAAUGGGAUUUCUAUAUAAGGUGUUAAAGUGAAGUCACCAUAUAAUAUAUAGGGGGCUAACUAUACCAUGGGUGUAAUUAGUGGACCCAAAUAUCAGCGUUAUAGUUGUUAAGUCGCAAUUUAAUAUAUAGGGGGCUAACUAUAACAUGGGUGUAAUUAGUGGACCCAAAUAUCAGCUUAAUAGUUGUUAAGUCGCAGUUUAAUAUACAGCGGGCUAAAUAUGACAUGGGUGUAAUUAGUGGACCCAAAUAUCAGAAUUAUAGCGAUGCUCCAGUGUAUAAUCUAUAGAGGGCUAACUAUAACAUGGGUGUAAUUAGUGAACCCAAAUAUCAGCGUUAUAGUGAUGUUUCAAUGUAUAAUCUGUGGACCCCAACAUAGAGGGUUCACCAUUACAUAGAACUAGUUAUAGGUGUUAUAUGGAUGUUGUUAUAGCGAAGCCCCAGUCAUUGAGGAAAAUCGCCCAUCACCAACUACAAAUCAACAUGUUUGGUCAUCAUUUUAAUUGCCUAACAUUUCUAAAUAAAGGGGAAUAACCAAUGAAUAAAAGAACAAUUGACUGAACAAGAGAAUUAUUUAUAACAAAAAUAAGACUUUAUAUAUAUUUGAACCACCAGGAAACAUAUAUUUGAUGCCAAAUAUGGAUUUCAAGAGAAGCACACAAAUUUCUGCCAUUGUGUCCGUCUAGUUGUAUGAUGAUGAAUUGGUGGCGACAGCCAUCAUGCAAUGACAAAACACUGGUUGACCGAAAGUAUAAUUAAGUUAUUUCAUUUAUUGUGUAUCUUUUAUACCAUUUAAGUCAAAAAUAUUCAAAUAAAAGUAAGAUAUUAUCCUGAUUAAUCUUCAUAGAACAUAUCUCAAUAUGUCAUCCAUUAUCCUUCUUCCUUACUACAUCAUUAUCCUUAUUCCUUACAACAUCCGGUAUCCUUAUUCCUCACAACAUCCUGUAUCCUUCUUCCUUACAGCAACCGGUAUCCUUAUUCCUUACAACAUCCAGUAUCCUUAUUCCUGACAACAUCCAUUAUAUUUAUUCCUUACAACAUCUGGUAUCCUUAUUCCUUACAACAUCCCUUAUCCUUACAACAUCCAUUAUAUUUAUUCCUUACAACAUCCCUUAUCCUUGUUCCUUACAACAUCCGGUAUCCUUAUUCCUCCCAUCAUCAUCCAGUAUAUUUAUUCCUUACAACAUCCAUUAUCCUUAUUCGUUACAACAUCCAUUAUUCGAUAUUGCAGCCAUUAUCCUUAAGCCUUACUAAUUCCAAUAUCCCUAUUCCUUACUACACUCAUUAUCCUUAUUCCUUUAUACAACCAUUAUCUGUAUUCCUUAUUCCACCAAUUAACCGUUCUAUGUCCAUCAUCCUUUAAAAUCCUUACUACAGCCAUAAUGGACAAUAUUUAUUAUGUUUUCAAUAUUAUCUCAAUUUGAAACCAUUGUAAUGAUAAAUUAUACAUCAUAUAAGUGCCUUUCAUGAACAAAUGAAAUAUAGACAUCUGUUAGAAUUGAACAACGAUGCAGAAUGAUAUUAGAACAAUUAUACUUAGUCUUAAUUAAAAGUAGAAUGGUGUGGUCUUUUUGACAAUUGUAACUACUAUCUUCUUUUUUAUUUAUUUCUUGAUCUUCCAUUGUUUCGUUAAUUAAUUGCAUCGUUGUUGAUUAUUGAAUUAAUUAAUCUCAUUGUUAUUGAUCAUUGAAUUAAUUAAUUGCAUCAUUGUUGGUUAUUUAAAUAAUUAAUUACAUAUUUGUUGAUCAUUGAAUUAAUUAAUUCCAUCAUUUAAAUAAUUCAUUACAUAGUUGUUGAUCAUAGAAUUUAUUAAUUGCAACGUUAUUGAUUAUUUAAGUAAUUAAUUGCAUAGUUGUUGAUCAUUGAAUUAAUUAAUCGCAUUGUUGUUGAUCAUUGAAUUAAUUAAUUGCACCGUGAUCAUUGAAUUAAUUAAUCCCGUUGUAGUUGAUUAAUUGACAUGUUAUGGACCUGUGAAUAAGAUGGAAUGGAGUAUAACAUCUUUGAUUUCAAAUAAAUACUGGGUUGAUCUGAUGUGCUGUUUCAAAUAAUGAUGGAAAAAAGGGUAAAGAUUAAAUUUUUGUCUCGAAGGAUAUAGUGGAAGUCAGUUUGUUUACUAAUUUUAGUUUCAUUCUUGGUGUUAUUUAGCAACACUCUCUCUCAACAUUAAUGGCCGACAAAAUUUUGAUUCAGUUCAACACAUAAAAUCCAGUGUGGUCGACAAUUUUGUUUUUGACCCAGAUCAAAGAGGUAUAGCCGUUUAAUUAAGACACAUACCAAAACGUUAUUCAUCAUACUAUUGUUUCUCUAUCUAUUUAUUUAUAUUUAUUUGUCAAAAGAAAAUAUGAGAUUUUAUUUUAAACAUUUAAUAAAGCAAACAAAAUCUCCCAUAAUGGAUUCAAUCAUAUUAAAAAGAAGCCCAUGGGUGGCACUAUCUGUUUUUGAACAUAUCCUACAUAUAUCUUUGUAAAUACUGAUUUCCACAAUAAUUUACUUAAUCCCUAAUAUAAAUGUAUACCUUCUAUAUUCAUUGCUUUACAAACUAUUCAGGUGAACCACCCUUUGUUAUAGUUAAGUAAUUCAAAAUAACUUAAAAUUUUGAAGUUUUGUUACUGUUAAUAUCUUUAAAGGUUCGAUUACUAUUACUUGAUAUACAACAUAGCUUUAACAUGGAAGAUCGCUUUUAAAAAUAACCUUAAGCUGAAGCCUAAGUAUUAUUUCUAAAGUCUAUCAUAGUAUUACAUUCAUAUUCAUACAAGCAUGAUUAUCAAAUUCAGGGCCAAAAACUCAUCUAAAACUGCUUCUCUAUCAGUAGAUAUUACUUUGCCUCAGAUUACAUUAAUGAUGACCCCUCUCAUCAACCCGGCAACAUAAUUAAUUCCGCUUUAUAUCCUCUAAUGAGGAUACUUAAUGUUAAAAAACUUCACCACGAGACCAUCAAAAUCUCUAUAUGAAAGCCUGAAAUUAAAGUAUCUGUUACAAUAAUUGUCCGACACAAAUUCAGGUUUUGUUAGGCACAAUUCCUCCAGUACUUGUCAUUUUUACUGUACAAGUUUUGGUCAUUUUCCAGUGUUUUUUUUUUUUUAUUUUUUAUCUUUUUUAUACAGAAUAUUGAAUAUGCCAUGUUCAAAUUCAAUAGUGCCUGAUAUUUUGUCAGAUAUAUAUAACAGUCAUUAUUUCCAGACCUGACUAUAUAUAUGUUUUAGCGUAAGAGUUAAACAUGCAUUCUGCAAGAGCUAAAUCUUCCUAUUGCAGGUCUUUCUUUAGGCCUGAAAUGUUAUCUAAAUUAUUAAUUAGACAUUAAUUAACUUAUCCAGACUAUAAUCAACUCUCGAUGCCAUCGCUAGCCUGCGAUAUUUAACGGACUGGAAUACAUUUUUUUUAAAAUAGUUAAACGUAAAAAUGGAUAAUCAAGACUUUGUUUUUUAUUAUACCGACUUAAGUAAUGAUGAUUGAGGCUAAUUUAAAAUUCAAAAUCUAAUAUCUCAGUUAAGAGUCGAGCAAUUUGACUGAAAUUUUCAGCAUAUUCUAUUUACGUUAUCUAUUUUUUAAACUAUUAUUGCGUAACUGUCAACUCUGUAUCUAAUUAAUCUCCCAUAAUGCCUCCUUUAAGGAGAGAAUUAAUUGCAUGAUGAAUUGGAUUUGGAUCUGAAGCAUCAGUGUCUUCAUGUGUUUUUUUGCUCAAAUCAGAUAGUGGUAUUGUCAGGUAUGAAAGAGAUAUAUGUAAUCACCUGUAAAUACAUCAUACACAUUUUAUUUAAUCUCAUUAAUUUAUAUCUACAUUUUGUUACUGUGUAAGCUACUCGGUUUGACAACUGGAAUUUGUCAUAUGCUCCCAAACUUUUAUUUAUGAAAAUAGAUAAUUAAAUAAAUCAUGCAUCAGAUUUUUAUCCCGCAGCUACACAGAUCUACCGGCCUGUCAUGCCUCUGCUACUCUUUUAAGGGAGUGUUGCCGUUUUCCCUUCCUGCCUCACAUAUUUACGAAAAUGCACCAAAAAUGAUUAAAAAAUUACAAAAAAAAACACAACCCGAUUUUAAUA